CUCAUUCAGAAACCAGAUUGAUCCCAGAAUCCUUGUUUGGUUUUGAAUGGAAAAGGGGGUCAUUGAUCUCAUACUAGUCCCAAGUGGUCUUCUUGUAAUGGUAAUAUACCAUUUCUGGCUUCUUCGUAGAGUUCUGAAGCACCCCACCAAAACUACUAUUGCUGUCAAUGAAAUCAGUAGACGUCUCUGGGUUGAAACUAUGAUGGAGGAUAUACCAAGGCAUGGGGUUCUCGCAGUGCAAUCCUUGAGGAACAACAUAAUGGCUUCAACCCUUUUGGCCACCGCCGCCAUAUCGCUUUCUUCCCUCUUAGCCAUAUUAAUGGUUGGCAGCGGUGGCGGCAACUAUGGUGGCUACUACCACAAAGGAGAAACCAAGAGCCUUGUUUCCGAGGCCUAUGGUGAUAGAAUAAGUGAUUACAUUUUGUCUUUGAAGUUCUUCGCCAUGUUAUUGUGCUUCUUGCUCUCAUUCAUGUUCAAUGUUCAAUCAAUAAGGUACUAUAACCAAGCAAGCAUCCUCAUUAACGUACCCUUCAAGAAAGUGCCAUCGCCGACGCCGACACGGAGCCUCCGACUUGGGAUGUUAAAUGUCACCAAGAUUUUCAACAAGGGGAGCUAUUUUUGGUCUCUAGGAUGGCGGGCCAUCUACUUCUCUUUCCCUUUGUUUAUGUGGCUUUGGGGACCAAUUCCGAUGUUUGUUUCAUGCAUUGUCCUAGUCUUCAUUUUGUACUUCUUGGAUUCUACCUUUGAUUAUGGAUGGCAAGGGGGUGACAAUAACGAGGUGCAUAAGAACUACAAUGUGUGUUGA